UGCCUUGCUCAAAGUCAGAAUUGUGAUAGCUAAUGGAUUGUCUCUUGCAGAGACUGAACCCACAACCUUCUGGUUACCAACACUAAUCUACGCUUCACCAUCCACAAUAAUGUUCUUUGUUUGUUUGUUUGUUUUCAGCAGGAGAGAAGCAGUUAAAAUAUGCAGGUGAUUUACAGGUAUUACUAUUUGAUAAUGGUCACAUGUGUGAUUAUGGUCUGCAUGUACCUGGUCUUCCUGAGCCCUGCAGACAAAGACAUAUGUGCGUGUAAACACUGUGUCAGGCAGCAGAGUAGCAGUGUCUGGUUCAAUGAACUCUACGACCUCUCUAUUCCACCACUGCUUACCAGGGAAAAUUAUGUGCUCAGUGGUGAUGUCUACAAGUAUUGGAAGGAUCUUCAAAAAAAUACAAAUGAAGCCAACUACACAGAAGUGGUGGAGAGGAUGUUUUCGCUUUUCCCAGAUAAUGAACAUUACUCAGAUGCUGGUCCAGCUCGUUGUAGAGUCUGUGCUGUGGUGGGAAACUCUGGGAACCUUAAAGGAUCCCAAUAUGGACGUCUUAUAGAUCUUCAUGACUUUGUUAUUAGGAUAAAUAUGGGUCCAACAAAGGGUUAUGAGAAGGAUGUGGGUUCUAAGACCACACACCGUUUUAUCUAUCCUGAGAGUGCCAUGGAUGUGGACAACUCCACUCACCUGGUGCUUUCUCCCUUUAAGAUUCUGGAUAUGGAGUGGCUCAUCAGUGCCUUUACCACUAAAAAUAUCACACGGACUUAUAAAAAGGUUAGGCCGAGUGUAAAUGCCAACAGACAUAAGGUGAUGAUUCUACAUCCUGUCUUUAUAAAAUACGUGCAUGAGAUAUGGUUGCUGAAUCAUGGCAAAUAUCCAUCCACUGGCUUCCUCGCAAUUGUAUUUGCCCUACACAUCUGUGACCAAAUUUCUGCAUUUGGGUUUGGUGCUGACAAAUAUGGAAACUGGUACCACUACUUUGAGAAAACUCCUUAUAACCUUCAUACAGGUGCCCACAGUGGCAGCUUCGAGUUUGACACUAUGAUGCAACUCUAUUUGGAGUACAAAAUCCAGGUGUUCAGAGGAGGAUAAUACAAUGUUGUGAUGAGGUUGAGGGCGGGGCCGGGUGUGAGUGUGUAGUCACAGAGAGGGAUAAGGGCAGCCGAUGUGGCAGAUUGGGAGAGAGAGAGCCACACGCAGCUGCGGCAUCCGGCUGCCCUUAUCCCUCUCAUUGGCUUAAUAGCAGAUAUGGGCCCGGGCGCGCGUAGUCACAGCCCCACCCUCCUCCUCGUCACAAAUGUGUUUACAUUUGUUAUGCAAAGCUUUUGUAGUUAUGCGAGCAAACUGUCUAUGUGGCAUUCUGUGUCAAUAUGAUGAUGUAAAAUAUCACACUGUCAUACCUCAAAAGUAAUACAUUUUGAAUAUUUGGUUACAGCCUAUUUUCAAACACUGGGGCUUUAUUUGUUUAUUGUAUUUUGCUUAUUCUCUUGCUUUUGCUUGUUGUUAACAGCUAAAUAAAUAAAGUAUAUGCAUGUAGGCUAAAUGUAAAAUAGUGUAAAUUAUUCAUAGAUGUUCUCUAAAUGUUCCCAAGAGCAGCCUCUUUCUUGCACUGGUAAUGAAUUUGCUUCGAUUAAACUUUUUUAUAAUUGUGUCUUGUGUCAGCAAGUGAAUUGAAAGAGUAAAAAAAUAUUAUUGCCUGUAUAUAU